AUGAGUCCAACAAUGCAAUCAUGUUCUAUGACUGAAGAAUCUUAUUGUGCACCAUGGGAUUUACAAAUACAAGAAGAAAAAUUAAAAUUUCUUAAUCAACAACAUCAAAGAUCAUCUUUAAGUGCUAGUACAACAUUAAGCGAUACAUUAUUUCAUCCUUCACAUAUAACUUAUCAAACAUCAAUCAAUCAUACAAAUACACCAUUCCAUCGUACUUACUCAGUACGUACACCUACAAAAAAACAGUUGUUCACAUCUUGUGUAUCAUCAACAUCUGUACUACCAUCAUCGUUAUCACGUGGUAUAAACGUUUCACAUCAAAAUGAUACUGUAAAUAAUAAAUCAAUAAUGAAAAAUAUCGAUCCAACAUUGAAAAAAAUUUCUAAUUGUCUUAAUUCACAUACAAUUCGUGCAGGUACAACAACUUCACGUAGUUUUUUAUUUACUUCAACAUCACCAAAAAAAAUUAAUACAUCAGUUGAUCAACAUGUUAGUCAACCAAUAUCAUUUGGAACAGCUUUAUUACGUUUUAAAUGUUUAAGUUCAUCAAUUCAUAAUAAUUCGCUAUCAAAAAAAUUAAAAUCCGAUGAACAAUCAUGGGAUAAAUUACCAACAUCCUAUCUUAAUAAUCAUCAUGGAAGAUCAUUACAAAAACUUCCGAAUACAGAAGAAACAAAACGACAUUGUUUAUCACCUACAUUUCCUUCAAGUCAACAACAAUCGGAAGAUAUAACAAUACUUCCUAUUGAUCGUUAUUUUUGGUAUCAUUUUUCAAUGUCUCGACGUCAAGCGGAGAAUAUUUUAGAAUCUCGUUCACCAGGUAGUUUUCUUGUACGUCAAAGUGAAAGUGGAAAUCAAAAUGAUUAUUCACUUUCUAUAAAAACAAUCAAAGGUUGUAUGCAUAUGCGUAUUUGUUAUUCGAGAGGAUUUUAUAUUCUUGGUGAAUGUUCUCGACCAUUUUCAAGUGUCGCAUAUAUGAUUAAAUAUUUUAGCCAAACAUCUGUACCUGUUCGUGGUGCAGCACAUAUUAAAUUAGGUACACCGGUCUUACGAUGCGAAUUAUUAUUAUCAUCGUUAUCGAAUGAAGAACUUUUGUGA